GUUCUUCUGUUUACUUGUGUCGUCACGUUCACGACUUCAACAGGUGCAGAACAUGACACGGCGUUCCUCCUUCGUCACCUCUUGCCACUCUGGUUGCUAACACUGUUGAAUGGGACACACCUGCAUUCCACCUAGCCACAAGGACAGCAAUACGUGAAUCUGUGAGUCUGGACGUGUUAGACUGGUGCCACUCCCUGUGUUGAGGUGAAACCCUUGGUGUUGUGACGUGUGGUGCAAUCUUCGUAUGUGUGUCUUUGUAUUUUAUUACAGAGGAGUGAGAAACAUGGUAGAAGUUAGUGAAUGAGUUGCAAGACAGCAGACAUGGCAUCAGGGAAGCAGGGUCUUCUCGUGGUAGUGUGGGAAUGGGAGAACAAACAGAGGAGAUGGCGGCCUUAUCCACCAGAAGUCGCCCAGCAGCUAGAGCGAGCUUAUGCAAAAAACCUGCGUUCUGUAUUUCUUGGAGACUCUGAUCCCACUCUGAAGAAUUACUGCAUCCACCUUCCUCAGAUGGAACAAGAUUGCAUCAGUUCAGGUGACAGAAUAAAGGUGCGCAGAAACUUCUUCCCCCAGAGUUCUCCAGCUGGUCAGGGGGCUGUAUGGCAGUGGGCUGGGGAUGUGCCUGGGGAUUGGCAUACCUAUGAUAUGUGUGUGCAGUGUAUCAUUGAGGAGUCCUGGGGAACAGGAGCUCAAACUCUAGAUAUGAGCCAGACUUUUCCAGCCUGCCCAUAUGUCAUCAAUUUCUGUAACCUGAACCAGGUGAAUAGCAAGACGGGCUUUGUGCGUGCUAUACGCCGAGUGCAGCAGGCAGCCUAUCCUGUGGGGAAGCCACCAGCACCCCCAUUGCAGCUCAGCCACACAAGUAUCCAGGGUGGCAGCAACCAGACCAUGUACAGUACCAACAAAGGACCAAGGGACCCUGCAUCUUGCUCUAGUGGGGAGAGGCAAAAACACAGAGGCAACAAGGAUGACCCAGAGUGCUCACCUACUGAGAACAAAUCACGUGCCCUCAUCUCUAAGGUAUGGUGCCGCAGCAACAAGAGCAGCACCAGCAGCUGUGCUGGGAUGUCAGACCCUUUGUCUUCUGGACGACAGCUGGGUCAGUGGGUGAACAAAGGUGGAUCAAGUCCCCCAAAACCACUCCCUCGGUCCAGUGUUCCUCCUGUAGCCAGACCACGAUCCAGUGCCCCUCCCAGGCAACCACACUUCCAGAAUUCUCCCUCACACUCUCAUGUCAACCCUCAGCACAAUGGUAACCAUCACCUGGUUGAGGACAAUGAUUCCACCACGUAUUUACCGCACAGCACAAGGAAUGAAUUAUCUUCAGGCAAGUUUGGAUCCAACCACACCCUGGACUCUGAUUGCAGCUCUCUGAUGAGUGGCCGCCGGCCCAGCGUGGACACCAUUUCCACAUACCUCUCUCAAGAUGAUGACCCAAACAACAGUAACUAUUAUCCUGGAAGCAUGGAAACUGGUUACAUGUCCAGUCCAGUGGUGGACCAACUUAUUAGUGUGGAGUCUGAUGAGAAUAUGGAUGAAGAUGUUUUUGCUGAAGACCAAGAAGUGUGUGAUGUCAUGAGAGGUGCAGCUGGGCACUCCUCUCCCCCACAUGAUGUAUCAUCACUCACUCCUGCUCAGUCUCAUCACCACCGCAGCACCUCCAGAGGCCAGACAUCUGCUCUCCAGCAGUGCCACUUCAUGCCCAUCAAUGCAGCUCAUUCUAGCUCUGAGUUUGGGCUUCAAAUUAAUGGUGUCAAGCGUAAAAGAACUAGAGAGAGAACAGCACAGGGGCUGUCUCAGUUACCGUCCCCAGAAAGCUGCACGAGAGGAGGGGAUAUUUCACCUUGGGACUCACAGUACCAUGCCAGCAAUAGGCACUUCACAAACAGAAGCCACAAAGGUCAUCAAGGUUCCCGGGCUCCUAUUGCUCCUGAGGAUAAACUGUUGUUGCAGUACACUAGUGUAGUGGAGUCUCCACCAGACGACAUGUGCUCCAUUUGUAUGAGGAGUCUGACUGAGGUGUCAGGAUAUCUGGAAGAAGAGGAGGCUUCUAGGAUACCCCAGCCAUCAGGUGUACAGAGUGAUGGUGUUGUGAGCCUCAAUUUGUGCAGGCACCAGUUCCAUCUUGCAUGUGUGAGAGAAAUGGCCAAGAGCUUCCCUCAGUUUCUGGAGUGCCCCAAUUGUAAGACUCUGCAUGGGGAAAAGCUUGGUAACCAACCGCCUGGCAAUAUGAAUGUCACAACACUGCGCAGCUCCCUCCCUGGCCAUCCUGACUGUGGUACAUUGCAAAUAACAUACAGCAUCGGUAGUGGUUUACAAGGCCCUGAACAUCCUCACCCUGGCAGGCCCUAUCAUGCUAUUGGCUUUCCUCGUACUGCCUAUGUCCCCAACAAUGAGAAGGGUAAAAAGGUAGUGAGACUUCUACGUGAGGCAUGGCGCCGGCGACUAAUCUUCACUGUGGGUCCCUCAGUCACCACAGGUAUGGAUAAUUGUGUCACCUGGAAUGAAAUCCACCACAAGACUGAGUGGAACAACACAAGAGGCCAUGGCUACCCUGAUCCUGGGUAUCUGGACAACACCCUGAAGGAGCUGGCUCUUCACGGUAUCACAGAGUCCACUCUAGUGUAGCUCCUCCAUCAGCGGCUGUAAAAUAGGGCAGCUGGUGGUGUGAAUGAUUAAAAAAAAAAUUUAAGGGGAGCAUCACAGAAAUUUCUUGAAAGUUAAAAAUCUAAUUUUCUAGUACACUCUAAGCUUCUAUAGGACAGUUUUAUAAAGAAAUAUACAAAAAUGAAGUUGUGGCUGAUUUUUUCCACUUACUCUUUUGUCGCACAUUGACAAGGAAUGUGUAGAUGCAUACCAUGAUUUUUAAAUUUUUGUGAAAAUAUCCAUAAUGAAAACAUGACAUUCAUUGGCAUCUAAAGAGAAACUGACAUCUGUCAGAAGAUAAGGCCCCAUCCCCUUGCUUAUACUACUCAGUAAUCUAGACAUAGAAAGAGUUAGGGUGUUGCUACUUGUCUCCCAUCCUUCUACCAUUCUUGCUGUCUUCAGACCUUGUACUCCUUGCUCAGUUUGGCUACCACAUAUUGUGUAAAAAUACCACUGAACUAAGGUUGUCAAGGCACAAAGCAGAGCAUGCCAGGUGACAAUGUGGCUCUCGACAUCCUCACUUUGGGUGAUAAUUAAUUGUAAUAAAGGGGAAAUGAGGUACCAGACUGAUACACUAUAAAAUGCCAUGAAAAUGUCAUAUAACACUAGAAAAUUGGGCAGCUGCUCAGAAACACCAUGGCCUUUACUUGCACAUUUUUAACAUGGACUUUUAGAUGCCAAUAUUUAUUUAUUUAUUUUUUUAUUCAUAAUUCCAAUAGUAGCAGUUAAAUUCUUAAUUUACUACUUUUUAUGUGACACUCCCCUUAAGAAAGAAAAUGGAGAAAAGUUGAAUGAAUUGUAUACAUUAAUUUUCUAAAUUAUGCUUCAGAACUUAAAUAUUGCUAAUUAUUAUCUAAAGAUAUAGCCUGAAACAAAACACAACUAUUAAUAUCUCAGGUGUUUGUUGCCUUUUUCUAUACUUAAGAUACCACUUGAUUGUUAAUGGGAAAAAUUGCAACCCUCAGAAUUAUUGUUGAAUUUGAUCAAGAGAAUAAAAGCUAGAUUAUAUCUCAA